AUGCUCUGGGAAGAUGCCUGGGGCAACACCAGCAGCUCUGGAAGCAACUACCCUGAUCGUCUCAGGUGCCUGGAUGCCAUCCUGAGCGACCGCAGCUGCAGGUCCUCCUACCCUGGACAGGUCACCUCCAACAUGUUCUGUGCUGGAUUCCUCGAGGGAGGCAAGGACUCCUGCCAGGGAGACUCAGGUGGUCCUGUGGUGUGCAAUGGUCAGCUGCAGGGUGUGGUGUCCUGGGGUUACGGCUGCGCCCAAAAGAACAAGCCUGGAGUCUACACCAAGGUCUGCAACUACAACUCCUGGAUCCGCACCACCAUGUCCUCCAACUAA